AUGUAUUCAUCAGAACAGAGCAAAUGGGUGGCAUUCCAAUUCAAGGACCCUUUCGCGGCAGAUAAGUUCCUUGUUUGCCAUGUUGGCAGGGGAGUCUGCUGCCGUCCUAACUGCGACCUUGGAUUCUCCAGUUUCAACAAGUCGGAUAUCAUUUUUGUCGACACACUGGAUCAAGCCACUGCAAACGGCUAUCGCCCUUGCAAGCACUGUUUCCCGGACAGACAGCCCAACCCAGAAGACCUGCACGACACAUUUGUUUCCAUCGAUCUUGACCUCCUGGUGAAGACCGUUGAGUACGUCAACGAGUCCAUAGGCUUUAUCAAGCCUUUGAUGGACGAGGAGGACGACAAGAACAGCUCGCUGAAAGAGUCGCUAUGGAAGAGCAACAACAUGUCACUGAAAAAACGCCUUUCGGGUGGUCCCGUUGAGGACUCCGACGAGGUCCCUCUGACCCGCAACAAGUUUGACCAUCUCAAGCUUAUAGACCUGGCCUGUCGUCACAUCGCGCUUGCCGCGCUGUCGACCAGCCACAGCGCGUCCAUGGUGAACGAGUCGCUUUCCAAGAGCCCCUCGCCCCCAGACUCGCGCCGGGCCAGCCAGGCCGGCCAGGGCCGCAAAAAAAGACGCCGGGGCGGAGUGCUGGGAUUCAAGGAGCUGGCAUCCAAGUCGAACCUGAGCCCAUGGCAUUUCCACCGUGUGUUCAAGUCCGUCACGGGGCAGACCCCGAAGGCCUACGGAGACAAGUGCUGGGAAUUCAUCAAUAAACAAGAGCGCAAACACCCGGUUGUCCACAGGAGAAGGGAGUCCAUAGUGAUCGACACGCGAAUCGCCAACCCGACGCUUUCGGGCGACGACGACGACAGGUCUGCCAGAGGCAGCACGCCGGACGCCGACAGGGAGCCUGUGCAGCGCGCUCCAGCUGCCGGGCCUACCGAGCCGCAGGGGCUGAAGGCCCUCGAGCCUGCGCCUGCGCUCGCCGCCGCAGUGGAGCCCGAGCAGCUGUUCAAGCCGGACCUGGCGCUGAACUCGCCGCUCGAGGCCACCACGCCGCUGGUGUACGACCCGGGCCAGAUCACUGUGCCGCACUCGGCCACCGUGUCGCCGAUCAUGCCUUCCACAGCCGACUCGUCGGCCACGUCGUUCCAGUGGUUCGACGAGAUCGAGGACCUGUUCCCGCCAAAGGCCGCCGACCUCAACUUCGAGCUCGAGUCGUACCAGUACACGCCUUCGAUGGCGUACAUCACCAACCAGCAGGCGCAGCUGCAGAAGCAGCGGCAGCUGGAGGAGACCGAGCUCGCGGACGACUGGCUGUCGGGGUUCAAGGACGACCACCAGGACUUUUUGGUUAGAGACGAAUUAACGAACUACAUUGGAUGA